AUGGCACCCAAAGCACUCAACGUCAAGCGGCUCUCGCUCAACCCGGAAGCGUUCAGAUCUCCCACGACAGCCACGGCAGAAGAGACGGAGCACAGAGAAGCAUGGGGCGCCGAUGAGCCUCUCUUCCAGCCCGGCGGCUCGCCAACUCGUCUGGAUGCAUUCGACGAAUCUGAUGAAGCCACCUGUGCACCCGUGUCGCUCUCCGUGGUCAGAAGGAGACCGGUCGAUCUACCCUCGGGCAUCUACUCGCUCGUCGGUGUCGCCAAUCGUUGCGACUCUGUAGAGAUAUCGCCCUGUUUGGUCAAGGCAGCCUACAACAAAUCCUGGACCAUUGAGCCGACUUCUGCAGACUCCUUGCUCGAACAAUCGCAGCAGAUCGUACCGCUCUUCUACACGCUAGCAGACACUCGGCAGCCCAUCGGCUUCCUGAGGCAAAACGUCAUAGAUGCCCUCAGAAAGGACAGUGUCAACGUCACGCGCUACCACGGACUGCAAUGCUGGGAAUGGCUCUUCUCAGACAGUGCGACGCCCACGCUAGAUAGCACGCCUUCGACAGACCUGCUCGCUGUCGGCUUGUCACCCGCUUUGCGCGAACAAGGCAAAGACGAGAUCACAGCCCAGUUCGAUCGCAUCAUCCGCAACUGGAAAGAAUCGCGCACAUUCCUAGACGAGCUCAGCGGCUGGCGAGACGAACGAUACGCGAUCUACGGUCCAAAGGCCAUCUCCCAACCUACUUCUGCCGUCUGUCAUCUGCCCGGCGGCAAUAUCAUCUUUGAGAUCGAGCGUGCGGCAUGCUCGCUCUUUGGAUUUGCGACCUUUGGCGUCCAUCUGACGGCUUAUCACCAAGAUCCUGGAACGGGUGGUCUCGUUGUUUGGGUCGCCAAACGAUCUCCUGACAAGCAGACCUGGCCAGGAGCGCUCGAUAACACAGUAGCGGGGGGCAUUACUGCUUCUGAUUCGCCUUUCGAAUCGAUCCUACGCGAAUGCUCAGAAGAAGCCUCACUUUCGCCCGCCUUUGUCCGCCAACGUAUCCGAUCUGCAGGCAUACUCAGCUACACCUACUUCAAUGCAGGUGGCUGGCUCCAACCCGAACUACAGUAUAUCUACGAUUUGCCUCUGGAUGCACCAAAAGGCGACCUGACCCCUGGUCUGUGGCCGCAGACGAAUGCCGACGAUGGCGAAGUGGCUCAGUUCGAAUGUCUUCCGGUACAAGAACUCAUCCCCAAGUUGCUCGCUGGCGAGUUCAAACCGAAUUGCGCUCUCGUACUGCUCGAUUUCCUCAUCCGACAUGGCUACGUGACUGCAGAGAGCGAUGUCGAAUUCAUUGCGCUCUGCACACGCUUGCGCAAGCAGCCUGUCUUACCUUGCCCUCCUACACGCAAGCAGGACCGCACAUCAGGCGCGAAGCAGCUUCCCAUGGCACUGCCAGGCCUGAGUCAGAUAGACAAUGCCAAGCUUGCGCUCAAUCUCAAGACGUUGCGGCGUCACGACCCGAGCAUUAUCGAAAUACUCGACUCGUCAAGCUAUGUUGUGCUGUAUCGACAUGCAGACGGUGCUUGGACCAAGACGGGCGUGGAGGGCACUCUGUUCCUCUUUCGCAGACGGUCCACGCCACUCUACGGCUUCUUCGUUCUCAAUCGAAACGGCGUGGACAAUGUGAGCGAGAGCCUGGACGACGAAGAAUCAAUAGAAACGACCCCCCAAUUCAUCAUUGUGCAAUCCUCAAAGACGGAUGCGGUACAUGGAAUCUGGGUCUUCGAGCCGGAGCAUAGGGAGAGGAUAGGCCAGCGAAUGCUCGAACUAGCAAGAAGCUCGGCCGCAGAACCACAGCAAUCAGCAUCGAAAGCGACAGGGCAGACGAUCAGUCUCAAUGCCCUCUUUGGUACUCUGCCGGACAGUCAGCCUGAGAAAGCGGAGAGCAUACAGUCGAGGAAUGCGCCAGAUGCGUCGAAGCUGCCUACGGGUCUAUCGCUUCUCGACACCAUGUUCCAGAGUGCUGCCAAGCCAUCUGCGCCCGCUCAGCCCGAUCUACAAGCAGACAGUCGUGCACUGAUGGCUCUGUUGGGUGCUGCACCCGCUCCGUCAGCGCCAUCGAUCUCCCCUGGUCAACCAGUAAAGCCAGCACGACGUCACGUCAGCAAUGGGCAUGCGAGACCUCCCUCGGUGCCCAACAAUCAGCGUCCGACGGAGAAGCCAACGGUAGCGCCUCGACAGUCGAAAGCAAGCACGAGCGCGGAGCUUGUGCAGUCUGUCGUGCAACAACAUGCUGACAAGGACUCGCUCACAAGCGGCCCUGUACUCCCCAAAAAGGAGUACAUCCAAGCUCUGCUCAGCCUGAUCUAUACCGAGCCGAGCUUUACGGACGAGCUGUACUCACGCUAUGUCGAUUGGCGCAAGACAGCGUGA